GCCUACUCCGCGCUACAGACCGCUGCAACCUUUUGUUUAGUAUUUUUUGUACGCGCGUGAAGUAAAAAGUGUAAUAUGUGUUUGUUUCUAUGGUGAUUGGUGUUUGUUUUUGGUGCUUGCACGAUGUUUUACAUGCGGACGUUUUUAUUUUUCGUAUUUAGUGCAAGUUUGGUGAUUUCUCAGGAAGAUAGGGAUUUUUAUGUUAACGGUGGCUCACCACAGAAUACCGUAGGGUCGAAAACGGAGCACCCUGGAGGUGUUAUAACGAACGAUCAAGUGGUCUUCUACAAAUCCCAGUCACCUUAUUGGCUGAGAAAUGACAUAAUCAUCGAGAGAUCCGGGGAGCUGGUUAUAGAGCCAGGGGUUGAAGUUAGAGUGGAACCACAAGUUGGUAUCACGGUCAGGGGUGUCCUAACGGCUAAGGGGACAGAAAAUGAAAGAAUCACGUUGACAACAUCUGAGGAAGGUUCCGCGAGAACCAUAAAACUACCUGAACUAAGAUUGGUUGAUGGUCCUAGUAUACUAGCUGGAAGGUUGCAGAUAAGGCAUAAAGACCAAUGGAGAAGUGUUUGCACCAACUCAAAGAAUUGGACCAUAGCAGACCUAGAAACAGCAUGCAGACAACUAGGUUUCCAAGGCGGGAAAUUUUUCCACUGGUUCAAUCGACAGAUGCCGGUAAAACCAAGGUUUCUCUAUGAAGAACCCAAAUGUAUUGGUACUGAAACGUCUCUACAAGAGUGCAGAUGGGAGUCAAGACAAAUGGGGUCAGGUGUGUGCGAUUACCACCCUGAUAUAGCCAUAGAAUGCCAGCCUAGACACGACCUAAUAUUGCCAUUCUGGAGAGGAAUAAAAUUUGAGUAUGCUAACAAUCAGAAGAAGCUAUCGCUGUAUAACACUCUUUAUUUAUCUGAGUCCGACUCCAAACUGGAGUACGUUAACAUUAACUAUGCUGGUGUAGGGAGGGAUCAAAACACAACCAGCGCCUUGGAUAUACUAGGUGUACCUCCCAUGGUGAAUAAUGUAAGAAUCACCAACUCAGCUUAUAACGGCGUAAAUAUAACAAAACCUGAGGCCCCGAUCAAAAUAAACGACUGCGUCAUACAGAACAACAGAGGUUACGGUAUCUUCAUCAACUCCAGCUUUGGUUUGGCCCACAUAGAUGGUUGUACGAUAAACAAUAAUGGUGGGGACGGCGUUAGAUUUGUCAGAGGGGAAGAAAGACCUGAGGAAAGAGCUGAUAAGUUGGGUUACAAAGAUUUUUGCCAGAUAGCAACAGCAUCAAGUCAAACGUUCCCUAUACAGCUCUACGCCGAGCAAACAGUGUUCUAUAACAAAGAUAGAAACUGCCAGAAGGUGUUUACAACUAGAUAUGGGCACAUUAUAACUUUGAGUUUGGUUCGAGCCGUUACAGAUAGGAACGAUAGUGGUUCUAUAGAAGUAUACGACGGCUCCACAUUGAACCACAGACUGCUUACCAAAAUCUACAUUAGAAACAAUACUAGACCACAGUCGGUAUCCACAACAGGCAAUCAAAUCUUCGUUAGGUUCCGCAGUGAUGCCAGAACGGAUUCCGCAGUUUUCCUAAGAAUUCUAUCAGGGCUUCAGAAGUCCUAUGAUGUCAACGUAUCGAACUCGAACGUGUCCGAGAACUUCGGUAGAGGCAUAUCAGUGGAUAACCUUCGAUCUCAAGUGCAUGUUUACAAGAGCACAGUGCAAAGAAACGAACACGUCGCUGGUGUGCACAUAACGAGCGGUGUAGGUGAUGUGAACAUAACGGAAUCAGUUAUAUCGUUCAACAAAGGCGAUGGUAUAAACAUCACAUACACAGGAGGUUCGAGGAACAUAUCGCGAUCCAAAAUAACAUCCAAUGAAGGUUACGGGGCAGCAAUAUGGUUGAACAACACUCUGGAAACUGAGUAUUUGUUUAUUAAUCAAACGUCCGCCAUUCAGUAUAAUUAUUUCGAGAAGAACUUGGACGUUGGAGUGCUACAUGGGAAUUACUGUGGCGAUGCCUUCUUCAAUAUUACCGGCAACUCGUUCGUGAAAAGUUUUGGUGACGCCAUCGAAAUACUAUCGUGUUGGGUACCGAAUAAUGUAUCCACGAGAUUGCAAGUUGGUCAUAAUAUCUUUAGGAUGAAUGAGAGGAUUGCUCUUAAAAUAUAUCCUGCUGUCAAUCUGAAUGGCAGAAUAGAGUUUAACCACUUUAAAAUGGGCACGUUUGGGGGUUUACUAAUCAAAAACAAACCCUUGGAGCAGUUUAACGUCCUUCAAAGUGAUAUAACGGUGCAACAAAACUAUUUCAUAAACAAUACAGGGACCUUUGUGGUGAAUCUAGCCUUAUCUCCAUACGCGCACCAUCAAAAACUCUUAUUCACCAGAAAUUUCGUGAAGAACAACAAAAUCACCGAACCCUUCCAAACUGAAGAUGGUUCAAUUUCAAAUUUAAACCCUAGAAGUCGAGUGGCCGCUCCUGUAGUAGUCGGUUCAAACAACAUUGACGUAUUUAGAAAUAUAUUAGAGAAUCCAGACUCUAAAUACGAAAUUGGCAGUCAUCUUGAAGACCAAAGUAAGACAAUCAACUGCACAUACAACUGGUGGGGCCACUAUGAUGAAAGUUAUAUUAUUGAACGAAUAUUCCACAGAAAUUUUAGAUAUAACCUGGCCAAAAUCAAGUAUACACCCUUUUUGCUGCACAACUCCAACCCUUUGGCCACAAAAGUCUACAAAAAUAGUUACUAUGUUCCCAGGUUUUACAAGGAUGGUUCUGAUAAAAUCGGAGGUGAGAUAGAGGGUGAAGAAACCAUACCACGUGGUGAAUAUAUCGUAGAGAAAGAUAUAAAUAUCAGGCCAAGUGGUAAGUUAACCAUAGAACCAGGUGUUGUGCUAAGAUUCCCUCCAAGUAUUGGUAUAAUGAUUGGAGGUAGAUUGGAAGCUAACGGAGGAGCUCCAGAUGGCAUUAAAUUUACGUUGAAAGAAGAGAUAGCUUUCACCCCAGAAAAUGAAACCUACGAGUUUGAAAUGCUUCAAGAAGAGAACACAGAGGUUAUAACAGAAGUAGAACCCAAAAUACCUAUAAGGCUUCUAGGUGGGAAUACUGAGACCGAAGGUCGCCUUCAAAUAAAAGUUAACAAUCAGUGGGGUACAGUUUGCAAUUAUGGCUGGACCAUAGAAAAUGCUGCACUAGUAUGUCAACAAUUGGGUUACGUUUUAAACCCUUUUGAUUGGUUCAUAGAACGAAGUGAAAUACCUGAAGCAGGAACAAGCGAAAAAGUAAUUUUGUCGAAUGUGCAAUGCGACGAUUUCGAUUUGGACAUCACAAAAUGUAAGGCUGAAAGAUUGGAUAACUUCGAAAAUUCGUGCACACACGAAAACGAUGUUGGUGUUAGGUGCUAUAAAACUUCGUGGGCCGGAGUGAGAUUCAGCGCUCUAUCUGAACGAAGUAACAUACAAUUCAUGACCAUUGAAAAGGCAGGUUUGCUGGAUUACGCCACCAACACUUUUAAACCAGCGUUACAACUAGACUUCUCCAGGCAUAACUUCGAGAAUAUCAAAGUCUCCAAUAAUUACUACCAUGGUUUGGGUGUUGUAUACUCCGACAUAUAUACAGACGACACUGUAAACACAAUCAAGAACUCCGAAUUUUCAGACAAUAAAGGGGCAGGUGUGGCGUUCAAACAGUUUGGUUACAAUAUUUUUGGCAGUGUGAUAGAACGCAAUCAAAUCGGUGUAAAACACGACCCUAUGUUGACUGGACUUCAACAACGCGAGCUCGCUGGAUGGUUCAUAAAAACAGAAGAUGAUAGUAACUAUUCUCCGCUUAAAAUCCCUGAUACAGAAGGUUUAACCACGAUAUACCUACAGAGAGGCGAAAGUAAAUACUUCGUCACCUCCAAAGUUGAAAAGGAGAACAUAUUCAGGUCGUACAACAUUAAGUGUGAUCCAGGUUGGGUUGUGGGGUUACAAUUAUUAAACCCCGUAGAAAAUAGAAGCACCGAGAGUAUUAAAAUACAUGAUAGCUUAACCUACAACAACUACUCUGACAUAUGGGACUUAAAGAGGGACUUAACUGUAUUUCCUACAACAUCCACCGCACCUGGAUUGAUUAUGGACUACACUAGCGGUUAUAAUGCUAUUGGUGGCACUGUUAUAAUGUUAAGUAUAACUAGAGCGCCUGAACAAACCGUCUACAAGAGAAUUGUAAAAGGUCCUGUACCAACACUAACCAUAAGACGUACAAAAAUACGUAAUAACAAAUUUGGAGUUUACUCUUCCUACUACAACAGAUAUCUCGACGAACUCGGAAACCAUUUCCUUCGUAAAGCCAAUGAAACAAUCAAAAUUAUCGACUGUGAGAUAUCACAUACCAUUAAUGAGGCUAUAUUCACGCAUUCGCCUUUCUGGGACUUACAUAAAAGCAAUCUAUCUGAAGUAACCAUUAUGAUCAAUUCGUCUUUGAUCACGGACAAUGGAAAAGGCAUAUUCCAAUUCUCGCGUGACAUGAGGAGUUCAAACAACUUAUUCCACUAUGUUCUCAAGGAUAAUACGAUUGAAAGAAAUGCCGCUGGAGGGUUCGAUAUAAGCCUACCAUAUGUUUGGCAGUACAACGAAAAUUUCACACAUACCGUCUACAUGGAUAACAACACAUGGGCAAAUAAUAGACAGUUUGAGUGGGUAGUGGAUGGUCAUUUUUGUUCUGUGAAUGUUACAAGAGAAGUCUACAAAAAUAACAACUGUAAAACUGGACUCUUCACUAUAAAAGGAAUGGAGAAGAAAAUGUUGCUUAGAAGAAAUCAAUUUAUUGAGAAUAAUGGUUUAUACGUUGUGCAAUUUAGUACUAGCAGUCAAUCGGAGAUCAUUGGGGAUGUCCCAGCAGUAUUUUUCGAGAAUGAGCUACGUAACAACAAAUUCGUUGUGAGGGGUCGAAGUGGCUUGGGCGUUUUACAAGUCAAUAAAGACCCCACGUAUGCCAUAGGUUUUAAAGGGAUACAGAAAGUUUUGCUUAGGAGAAACCUAUUGUCUCAAAAUCUAUUAGACUAUCAACUUGUAGCUGGCAUUAAAACAGCAAAAAUCAACAACUUCUUGGAUGUAAGAGAAAAUUGGUGGGGAUCUAAUAAUGAAGACGACAUUAAGAAAGCUAUAUUCGAUUUUGAUGACUGGAAUGACCACGCUAUAGCAAACUAUUUACCAUACCUUAUCAAUGAUGAGUUUGAAGCCAGUUUGUCUUUGACUUACAAGAAGAAUACCACCAUUGACUUGAACAAUCUUGGUGGACGCAUCAGUGAAAACAUAGAGCUGAGAAACAAGGGUUCACCUUAUAUAAUACGUUCGGAUAUAACCAUAAUGCCCAACACCAUUUUUACCAUAUACCCUGGCGUAGUCAUGGAGUUUGAUGCCAAUGUAGGGAUACUGGUUUUGGGCAGCCUCAUAGCGAAAGGUUAUAGAGGCAGUGAGAUUGUUAUGAGACCUAUAUCAAAAUCGGGAAAUCUAGAAUCAAACGAUGUAUACGGAGUUAGAAAUAAACGAUCUAUGGAGAUGUUCACUGGGCAAGAAAGCAUAAGGUUAUGUCAAAGUAAAGGUUGUGAAGUUGAAGGUGCUUUACCCAACGAAGGGUUUUUGGAGUACUUCAAUAGAACCACAUUGCAAUGGAUACCGAUGUGCGAUUCGAGAUUCACAGAGAGAAACGCACAGGUUGUCUGCAGAGAGUUAGGGUUCGAUCCUCUAAACGCAUACUUCGAACACGGCGUUAGAAUCGAUUUCCACAGCAACUUACUGUCGAGAAUUUGGACGUGGCCAGAGCCGUUACAAUGCAUGGGUACAGAGAAGAAGUAUGAAGAUUGCCCUAUAAGACUAAAUGGACAGCAAUUCGGCCAUAGACACCGAUGCACAUGGGAUUCCAAGUUCAUUUUCAUAGCUUGCGAUGGUAAACCUAAACAAGUCAAAAACCAAUACUGGGGCGGUCUUAGAUUCGCUGACGCCGAGUUUGAGCAAGAGUUAUACUCGCAUAGAAUCCAUGAUGCUUAUACUCACACCACCAAGCAAACUGAAGAGUCAGUGAUGGAGUUCGUGCAUAUUAUUGGUGCCGGGAUAUUACACAACGAAAAAUCGUCAGCUGUGCAAAGUAUAAUCAAAAGUCCUAAGAUACAAUACUGCAAAAUCCAGGACUCUGCUUUUCACGGCAUGGAUUUGAUAUCCCCUUCAAGCACAAUGAAUUUGUUGCAUAAUGAGGUUAAAGACUCUAUGGGGAUAGGCAUCAAUGUGAUCUCCCUAUCAGGUGAAGGAAGAGAGUCCGAUGAAUCAAGUUUCGCACCGCUUAAAGGAUUAAAUAUGCCCUACAAUCUGUUCAGUUUGGUUGAUAUAUGUGAUACGCACAAAGAAAUACGUAUUGAUGAACGAAUCCUACUCUACUACAAAUACGACAAUCAUCCUGUUAACUGCAUCAAAAUCUUCAGGAGUGCCUACGAUAUAAAACCUCUAGGUUUCCGAUUGCUACAAUUCAACCUAUUCAACUCUUCGAGUCAGUACGGCAUACCAGACUUCAUCAGUUUGUUCGAUGGCGAUAUAUACAACAUAUCUUCCAAAGUUAUCGAUAGAAUUUCCACAACGUCAGGAAAUGAGAAGAAGUUAUUUAAGACUAAACUACCAAGUUUGAGUGUUAAACUUUUCGCCAAUGGUGCUUCUUCCGAUCAUGGUUUCAUCGCUGAAAUUGUGACUCUACCCAUAUCAGCUAUAGGAUUCAAUCGUGAUGUACAACAUAACAUAUCAAGCUCAACUAUAAAUAAUAACAAACAAGGUGCCUUAUUGUACAACUCAGCUGGAGAAGUUAACCCUAUAGUAACCAUAGAGAAAAAUCAGUUUAAAAACAACUGCAAGCAGUUGUAUGGAAAUUUUACCACAUGUAAAUCCGCUUUGUACAUGGACGUGCAGAACACACAAACCAUAUUCUUCAGGAAUAAUCUUGUGGACGGAAACCAGGGUGGUUUGUAUAUCAAAGCUGACUCCAGAGGUUCAGCAACAUCCCUACAAGGAUGGAUACACAAUAAUCUCUUUGUGAACAAUUCAAAUCUUCCAACAUUAAUUGUAGAAGGAAGACAGUCAUCACCUUACCAAGAGGUGACCAUUUACAGGAACUAUUUCACGAGAAAUCAGGCCCAAUACCAUAACAACAUUGUUUUGAGACAGGUUGUGUCAAAUUUUACUUAUAACUACGUGAAGAGGAACAUUGGUCAGCAAAAUUUGGAGGUCUCAGGUUUUGAUAAAGUGAGAUUGAAUAUCUAUCAAACAACAACGCAUAAUGGUUUUUAUAAUAAUUACGCAGUCCAUAGAGACAGCAGAUCAACUAUAGUAGCAGGUACUGCAGGUCAACACUACGUGGACAAUAUUUUCUUCAAUCCUGACAAUGACUACGAAAUGAUUACCGUAAACAGAACACUAUUUGAGUUUAACAGUACUCUGCAAUUGUGGAACACCAAAAUCGACGCUGCCAACAACUACUGGGGUGUAAAUACAACUCUGGCCGUUAGAGGGCGUAUCAGGGACCAAAGUGAUGACCGGAAGUUACUAGAGGUUAUAUACCAACCUUUCCAUAUGAAUAAUAAUACUAUAUUGGACGGAAAAUGUCCGCCUGGGUGGGCUUUGGUUGGUGAAACUUGCUAUAUGUUCGUUGGGGCCCCUAUGAGUUUUCCAGAAGCAAAAUCUUUUUGUCAAGCUGAUAACGCUUCAAUACCGUACUUAAUCGGAAAUACGAACUAUAAUUGGCUAUACGAGUUCCUAAGAAAGCAAAAUCAAUGGCAUUUGUAUUCGGAUAGAGUUUGGGUCCAACACAUCGAUAGAAUCAGCGAGUGCACGAUUUUUGCUUACCAAACAGUAGAAAUAAACGAUUGUGGAGAAAAACAUCCUUUUAUUUGUGAAAUAGAUCCAAAAGUGAAAAUCCAGAUACUACCCAGAGCCGACGAUGUGGUUUUGAUAUCAGUAAUAGGGAGUGCUUCGUUGGCGAUAAUAUUAAUAAUAUUGGUUAUUGGCUGUUGGUAUGCCAAGAGUAAGUUCCGGAAAGCCCAAAGAUUAGAGAGGAGGAACAGUAUCCGGCAAAGUCUACAUUCUUUAAGGUCUGUAGGGUUGUCUCCAGCCACUUAUUCAGACGCCAGUUUUAGACGGAAAGCUGCCCAACUCGGUUCCAGAUCCACAGACACUUUAACGAAAGAGUACAAGAAGAUAAAUGGUUCCUUCGACAGCAUGGAGAAGUCAGUAUACAACUCCUCCAUAGAAGAUAACCACUCCUACGACACCUACGAGCAAUCGAACCCUAACCCAUCGAGUUUUGCUUACAACCCCACCAUAGAAUACCACAAAUCCCCGCAGAGGUUCGAGAAUCAAUACGCUAAACCCCAUCAGUUCGACGUGGCAUACAAGAAUCCGGGUUUUAAGGACAACUCAACGUUCAAUAGCGCGACCAAUUCGAACUUCCAGUCGCGCUCCGAAAGUGUGCAAGAUACAGACAAAACCCCCAUCAUCAACUCCCCCAACGGGGGUAUGUCUUACCCCCCAAGUGAAUAUUACACCGCCGAUACCUUACCUCUAAAUAAAUCAUCAUCCACGAUGGAAGAGACCAAUUUCGGCAGAGGUUACGAUCCUUCGUACUACCGAGAACGACCUCCGGUGGACUUAAUGCAAGAGUUAACGAACAAACUGCCAACUUACCCCACCGACUUCGCCCCAGAUUACAACACAGUGGGUUUGGCGCCUUACGAGGAACACAGACCGCAUUCUGAGUUCAUAGAAACAAAUUUUGACGACUUGAAACCCACGCCCAAAGCCCGCUCGAAAAGCGAGGCGCUACUAGAAACCAAUUUCGACUACACGCCGCCAGGGGGCAGCCCUCAAUUCAACCACCCUCUCAAAGACAACAGCAGGAGCAAGUCGCAGCCCCUGGAGACGGCGAUGUGAGGUUAGAAUAGUUUACUGAUUUACAUGUGAUAUUAGAAGCCUUAUAUAUAGUACUAAGAAUGUUUAAAUUUAUUGAAAAUCACACAGAUGUGUUCAAAAGUAUUUUGUUAGUUUGUAAGUGUUUUUUUAUGAUGAAAAACGACUGCCUUAAGAAAGUGCAAUUACUUGUUGACAGUGUAGAGGUUUAAGCAGCUAAAUUAUUGUUUUUGUAAUUUUUAUAUGACUUAAUAUGUAUAUGAUUGAAAAUAUGAGCGUUAAACAAUUAGUAUAUAAGAUCUCAAUAAUAAAUGAAUUAAUG